CGCGCGUUUAUUUUUCUUGUGUUUACCCUAAACUACUUGGUCCCAGUUACGGCACACUCCAGUCCAGUGUUUAGUAUCAAGGUGUUCCUCCUCAUUUCUCAUUUUCUGCUCCUCCUUUUCUCUCUAUAGGAUGACAUCCAUGUUGAAGCUACCUGUGAUUGAUGCAACACCAACCAGUUUCGCAGAUUUCGGUCAAGUAAUUGAAGCAUCUGCUGAUGGCGAAGGAUUUGGGCCUCGGGAUGCUCAAUUAGAUCUCAGUCGUGGAAUUCCAAGGUUCUAUGUAUUGCAUCUGGAAAAUAGACCACUUAAGUUUACUAGAAUUACUCAUCAUGCUAGGGUUACUCAAUGUCUUGGUUCAAUGGGGGGUCAUGAUUGGUAUCUUGGAGUUGCUAAAACAUCUAUCGUAAACCCAAAUGAAGACAUUGGAAAGAAAACAGUGCAGUCAAAAUCUGGUCACUCUUAUGUUCCUCCUCAUCCUGACGAUUUUCGGGUUUUCCGUAUUUCGGGUCCAAAGUUUGUGAAGCUUCAUAUUGGGACAUGGCAUGCCGGACCAUUGUUCAAAGGGGAUACUAUGGAUUUCUACAAUCUUGAGCACGCCAAUACUAAUGAUCACACAGCACAUGACUUCGAGAAAGAAGACGGAGUGAUCUUUUCCUUUGAUGGUUAGGUUUAAGUAACUAGGUAAAGUUUGAUACUGAUACCACUUUAUCCAAUCAACGAUGGAUGAACAAGUAAGCCAUCAUGUUGCUAAGAGUACAAGUCUGUUGAAGCAUAUUUCAUUUCUCUUACCUGAACGAAACUCUAUUCUACUUUGUUACAAAAAUGAGUUAUCUUUUAUUAA